AUGGCCACUGCAGCGGUAGCAAGUAAAUCACCAUUACGUGGUGCUAUAUCCACGACCCCGUCUUCCUCAUCAACGCCGUCAUUAACCAAUCACACAGUUUCAACAUAUACAAAAGAUCGAAAAGUAGGUGAAGGUACUUAUGCUGUGGUCUAUCUUGGUAAACAAACAGCAACCAAACGUCCCAUAGCCAUUAAGGAAAUAAAAACUGGAUUAUUCAAAGACGGACUUGAUAUGUCAGCUAUUCGAGAAGUCAAAUACUUGCAAGAAUUAAAACAUCCCAAUGUCAUUGAGCUUAUUGAUGUUUUCGCCACUUCAAAUAAUAACUUGAAUCUAGUACUCGAGUUUCUUCCUUGUGAUUUAGAAGUAUUGAUCAAAGAUAAAAGCAUAGUGUUUAAAUCAGCUGAUAUCAAGUCGUGGAUGUUGAUGACUCUACGUGGUAUUCACCACUGCCAUCGAAACUUUAUUUUGCAUCGAGAUUUGAAACCAAACAACUUGUUAAUCUCUCCUAAUGGGCUAUUGAAAAUUGCCGAUUUUGGUCUCGCACGAAGUUUGGGUAACCCCAAUGAAGAUCUCAGUUCGAAUGUGGUAACGCGAUGGUAUCGUGCACCUGAACUUUUAUUUGGAGCCAAACACUACACAGAAGCUAUUGAUAUUUGGUCGAUUGGAAUCAUAUUUGCUGAGUUGAUGCUACGUAUCCCUUACCUUGCUGGCAAAGAUGAUGUUGACCAAUUAGAUGUUACAUUUAGAGCGUACGGUACACCAACUGAACAAAUAUGGCCCAAUGUGUCGAGCUUGCCAUUAUAUAAUGCCUUGCAUAUUUAUCCACCUCCAUCAAGACAAGAGUUGCGAAUGAGAUUUAGUGCUGCCACGGACAAAGCUUUGGAUCUAUUAAUUCUAUUGACACAGUUGGAUCCUAGUCGUAGAUGCGAUUCCACACAAGCUUUGCUACAUGAGUAUUUUACAGAGAGUCCGCGUCCUACUGCACCGGAAUUGUUGCCAAAGAUUAAGGAAAAGAAAAGACUGGAAUUUGACGAUAAAGAUGUAAACAGUGGCAACAACUCUGACGCAUUGAAAAAGAGAAGAUUAUAG